AUGUCAGAGCACGGCGGAACUCAUAUAGAUGCCCCUAAACAUUUCUACCAAAAAGGGAAACAUUUGAACGAAGUUCUGUUGGAUGAACUCAUAGGGCCAGCGGUUGUUGUGGACAUCUCGGUCCAGACUGCCAAGGACCAAGACUAUCAGUUGAGCGUAGGUGAUCUAGAAGCCUGGGAAGAAAAACAUGGCAAGAUCCCGGAUGGUGCUAUCCUCUUCCUUUACUCAGGCCGGGGAAAGGACUGGGCAAAUCCAGACAAGUUUUUGGGCUAUGAUCCUAAAUUAAACAAGACUGGUUACGGUUAUCUACAUAGCCCAGGUAAUGCUAAAAUAGAAAAGCAUCAAACGUUUGUACUCUGUCCCUAUUUUCAUGUUAUAUUACAUUGGGGCCACAAGGAGUCCUCUUGGGGUUCAGCGAUGUUUCACUUGAACCUCAAUGAUGUGAGUCCCAUGCAGUUGGAAAGGAUUACUGAAGAACGAAAUGGAAAUCCAAAGCCAAAAAAACAUGUGCCCCUCGGAAAUUAGUUUUAGCGAAGUCGAUGUUCAAAUUUCCUGUGAAAGUGAAAAAAGAAUGUUGUUUUCGUAUCUGUUAAAGAAAAUGGCACUGAUUUAUCCAGAGACUGACGAAUUGUGGCGGGCUGAAAAUUGGCCCAAAUUAGUUUCGUCCCUUGUCUCUUCAUUAUAUUAUUAUGUUAGUUGCUGUUAUUUUUCCGCCGUCAUUACCGGUUUUCCAGAGCAUUGCAUAAUAUUUUACCAGGUAGCAUAAGACGAUGGAAUGACGGUUUGCUCGAUUCUACAGAUAAAAACAAAGGCGAUGCGCGUAACUACAAUAGGCAAUCAAGGUUACGUAUAACUCCUCUAUGCCCUGUGGUAAGUACAGUCAUACUGGUGAAAACAAGUGCACAAUGUUCAUUUUUAGAUUUGCACAUAUACAAUGAAUUUACUUUCUAUUUUUAUCCUAGGUUUCAGUCCUGAAGCAGCUGAAUGGAUUGUAAAGAGUGGAAAAGUCUCUGCAGUGGGUGUGGACGUAGUAUCUUUGGACAAUGGACAGUCGAAAAUCUUCAAGUCACAUACAAUCCUAUUAAGUGCCAACAUAUCCGGAUACGAAAUGGUCGCCAACCUGGAUAAGUUACCUCCCGCGGGAGCUAUGGUGUACGGUGCGCCAAUAAAGAUCAAAGAUGGCACAGGAGGCGCUAGUAGGAUCUUUGCU